AUGGCGUGGAUGCGAGGUCUCCGAUCUCUGCUGACUAUGUUCGCCGUUGUCUCCUCGGCAAAUGCACUGAAGAACGUGGCAACCGUGAAGACCCUCGCCGUUGCCGGCGGCCAUACGUACUCGUACACCAUCGCACCCGCAAGCUAUGGACGUGGAACAUACCUCCUGCUCCAUGGCUUCCCAAGUUCUUCAUACGACUGGCGCCACACUGUCAAGGAUCUGACAGCUGACGGUUUCGGUGUCAUUGCGCCAGAUCUUCUAGGCUAUGGUGCCACUUCGAAGCCUACUGCAGUAGAGGAAUAUGCCCAAGAGAAGAUCAGCGGUCAUGUUACGGAAAUUCUACAGCAUGAGGGUAUCGCGAACGUCGUCGGCGUCGGGCAUGACUGGUAUGUUACCGCCACAAGACUAAGCAGAGAUUAUCUAACGCAAAGAAGGGGAUCGGGUCUUCUAAGUACGAUGUGGUACUGUCACCCGGAGUUGUUCAAGAGUUUGGCUUUCUUGGCGACACCGUACUCACCCGUAGGACCUAAUCCGAUCAACUUGACCGCCAUCAACACAAAAACCCAAGCGGCUUUCGGGUACCCUGUCUAUGGGUAUUGGAACUUCUUCAAUGAGAGUGAUGCAGCGAGCGUCAUUGAGAAGCAUCACGAAUCCUUCACUUCUCUACUAUAUCCGCACAACGCUUCAACCUGGAAGACGGAUGUCUGCCCAAUCGGUAGCUUGAAGGCAUGGCUUGAAGCUGAUAAGCAAUCAUCUAAGCCUGGUUAUAUUACGGAGCAGGAGUGGAAAAUCCACGAUAGGAUCAUGUUGGGGGGAGGAUACACUGGUCCGUUGAAUUGGUACAAGGCUGCCAUGGCCGGACUGAAUAGAUCUCCCACCUUGGAAACUGCCCGUCAGUCCAUCAACAAGCACGUCGUCUUCAUCUCUGGGGCGGCUGAUGCUGUUGGCCGACCUGAGCUUGCCCAACAGACGGCUGAUGAAGGCCGCAAAUCUGGUCUGCUCCCAGAUGUCGAGACUUUUGUGGUGCCUGACGCGGGUCAUUGGGUGCAGGUUGAACAGAGCUCGCGUGUACUUACCGUACUGAAGAGCUUGGACAGCUGA